ACUGAGAACUAAAAUUGAAAUGAGUUUGAGAUCCACAAGUUUCAACCACCUAUCUUCUCAUCAUAUUUUGCCUGAUCUCCUUGUUCUUUCAUCCAUUCCCAUACUCAAGAACAACCUCUUGUUUCACAAACAAAUCUUUCUAAAACUCUCCGCUUAAAUCCCAUUAAUAUAUCAUUGCUAAGAAUAAUUUCUUCUUAAAAUAUGGUGCUAACGAGAUUUAUCUACCCUCUGCCAGCAUCGUGGUUCUUAACCGCCAUGACAGUAAUCAGCGGUGCAGCAUCAGUAAUUGCUGGAUUGAUGGAAAUAAAAGGAAAGAGCAUGCAGUACUCAAAGUUCUUCAAUACCAAUAAUAAGAAUGUCGAAGCUUCUAAUACUAAGGUGAUCAAGUUUUCAGGCAGAAAUGGAAUGAUCUUAGCUUAUGCCCCGGCUUUUGUUGCUAGUGCUGCCUCUGUAGCCUUUAUGCAAGACAAGGGCCUUAGAUUCACUUUGGUCACUUCUGCUCUUGCCUUCCAUUUCUUCAAAAGGCUUUUCGAGGUUAUAUUCAUUCACAAAUACAGUGGAAGUAUGCCCAUUGAUACUGCAAUUUUUAUCUCCGCGGGUUAUUUUCUUUCUUCACUCAGCCUGAUCUACUCUCAGCAUUUGUGUGGGGAAUUUGCGGAGCCAAUAGUUGAUCUAAAGUAUGCGGGACUCACAAUUUUCCUAGUUGGUGUUGUUGGGAAUUUUUAUCACCACUACCUCCUAUCCAAGCUAAGAAAAGAGGGGGAGAAACAGUACAAGAUUCCUCGAGGAGGUUUGUUUCAUUUAGUUAUAUGCCCACAUUAUUUAUUUGAAAUUCUGGGAUUUGUAGGAAUCUCCUGCAUUUCACAAACUGUAUAUGGGCUAUCUUUCGCUGCUGGUACGAUUUGUUACUUGACGGGGAGAAGCUUUGCCACAAGAAAAUGGUACCUCUCAAAGUUUGAAGACUUCCCAAAUGAUGUAAAGGCUCUCAUUCCAUACAUAUUCUAGAUUAAAGAUAGCUUUAAGCCUAUACCAGAAUGUAAUUUCUGAAUUUAUAUAACUAGCUUAAAUGGAUGAUAUGACUGUUAAAACUUAAAAGCAAUUUGGAAAAUGUAGCAUGGCUCUUUAGUAAUUGCAAAGACAGGAUGUUGAUCCUGAUUUAUUUUAUUUGAACAAUUCUGAUCAGAUUUGAAAUGAUUUUGUAGAUUUGUACAAACUUGAAUCAAAACAUUAGGCAA